GAGCUACUUACUAUUUUCUCAAUCUUAACAUGGGUUCCCCAAAAUCGCCUAUUCCCAAGAACAACCCAUUAACCAAUGUUUCAACAGUCUUGUUGCUCUUGGCUUUGCUACUUGCCAGCCUACACACCACAGGUGCUCAAAUUGGAGUUUGUUACGGGAGGUUAGGCAACAACUUGCCACAACCGAGGGAAGUCGUAGCACUUUACAAUCAGAACAACAUCCGAAGGAUGCGACUCUAUGAUCCACACCCACCCGCACUGGAAGCCCUGAGGGGAUCAAACAUCGAGCUCAUGCUCGAUGUCCCCAACGACCAGCUCCAAUCAGUCGCCUCCAGUCAGGGCAGCGCAGACACGUGGGUUAGAGACAACGUUGUCAGGUACGCCAACGUUCGAUUCAAGUACAUCGUUGUCGGGAACGAGGUCAAACCGAACGACAACCGGCUCGCCCCGUACCUGUUCCGGGCGAUGCAAAACAUCCAAACCGCUAUGGACAAGGCCGGUUUGGGCAGCCGAAUCAAAGUCUCAACGGCCUUCGAAUAUGGGUUCAUGGGCGUGACCUACCCUCCAUCAAAAGGGACAUUCAACUCCCAGUACCGCAACCUCCUCAAUCCCAUCCUGUCCUUCUUAAGGAACCACAAUUCCCCACUCUGUGUAAAUCUGUACCCAUUCUUCAGCUACCGUGACAACCCGGGCCAAAUCCGGCUUGAUUAUGCUACCUUCACCGCUCCAUCCGGUUUGGUGUCCGACCCACCUCUAAGCUACAACAACCUAUUCGACGCGAUGCUGGACGCGACCUACUCUGCUUUGGAAAAGGAAGGGAUGGGGUCUCUGAACAUUGUGGUGUCGGAGAGCGGAUGGUCGUCGGCCGGCGGUGGGCCGGCAACCACGGUGGAUAAUGCAAGGACUUAUAACAACAAUUUGGUUCGUCAUGUUAAGGGUGGAACCCCUAAGCGGCGAGGGCCUAUUGAGACUUACAUUUUUGCAAUGUUUGAUGAAGGGAACAAGGACCCGGAAUUGGAGAAACAUUUCGGGCUGUUUAACCCGAAUAGGCAGCCCAAGUACCCGAUGAAUUUCAAUUGAACGACGGGGAACGUUUGAUUGGAGAGAUUAUAUGUAUACUAUAAGCUUAUAAUACUGUGAAGUUGCGGGUAAAAUAAGAGCAUGAGCUUUGUUCCCUCCACAAUAACUACAAACUACAGGGGGCACAAUGUCUUUGUGUGAGUGCGCGGCUGAGGAUAUUGAAAUGCCAUACUAUCAAUGUAUUGAUAUAGUAAUAAUUAUUCUAUUGUCCAUCUUGCUAAGAAUGAAUAUUAUGGACUAAGAGAUUGGAAUGACAUUCCAUAAAAUUCGUGUUGAAACAUGAC